AAAAAAUGCAAAACAGAAAGGAGAACCACGCCUGCCGUGGUUCUUUCUGCCGGCUAAACAUCAUCGAUGCUUAGGCAACGAUCCUACGCUCGUUUGAGCGAUAAUCGCAUCGACUGAAGAAAGAAAAGAAGCGUCGAUUCGUACACCGCUAUGUCGUCGACGUGAAAGGUAGAGCCUACAGAGCUGGAAGUGAAACAGUGAAGGAAGCACAGCUUCUGUUGCCAUCAUGAGCACCGGCUACAUCACGUUGAAUGGCGAAAGGUUCGAUGACCUUCUCCACGACCGGCGCACGAUCGGAGACCUGUCGUGGUGCACGCGAGAAUGGAGCUGCCCCAAGUACCGCUUCUUUGGCAACCGGACGCCACACCAGAUCAAGCAGGAGGUUCUGAGCAGCGCACGUGUACAGAAGGCCAUUGCCGAGGUGAGCGCCGAGCAGAAGCGACCAGUCGCGGAGGUGUCGGAGGAGGCGCGCCGCAUCCUCGAGCAGAUGGGGCACAACAUGCGCAUGGGCAACAUUCGGUUCCUCGGCUACCUGUUCAGCAAGUCGUACAAGAGCAUGUACAGGGCCAUCUACGUCCACACUGAGGGCAUGGAGCAGUACCGGAAAGCCGCGGCUGAAAACCCGGUGCUGCUUCUGCCAACGCACCGCAGUUACAACGACUUCCUGCUCAUGUCUUACGUGUGCUUCUACUACAAUGUACCGCUUCCCGUCAUCGCAGCGGGCAUGGACUUCCUGGGCAUGCCUGCCGUGACCAUGCUGCUUCGCAACGGCGGUGCCUUCUUUAUCCGGCGCUCGUUCGGCACGGACCGACUGUACUGGGAAGUGUUCCGCCAGUACAUCCACUCCCUCAUCGCCGGCUCGGAGCACGGCCUCGAGUUCUUCGUCGAGGGCACGCGCAGCCGCACGGCCAAGUCACUCUGUCCGAAAAUCGGUCUGCUGCAGACGGUGUUGGAGAUGUUCUUCACCUCGCAAGUGUCGGACAUCACCGUCAUCCCCAUCACCAUCACCUACGACCGCACGCUCGAGGAGAAGCUCUAUGCCUUCGAGCUGCUGGGUGUGCCCAAACCCAAGGAAUCCACUUCGGGCCUUGUGAAGGCUCGGGGCAUCCUAAAUGACGACUACGGCAAUAUCUUCAUCAAGUUUGGCUCCCCCAUGUCGGUGCGGCAGUUCUGCGGUCGGUCGAUCGACCGGUCUGUCCACAGCAGGCACCCAAGAUUUGAGACCCACGUGACUCCUGAAGAAACCGCGGUGUGCAACCACCUUGCCCACUGGGUGGUCCGGGCCCACCACCGGUCCCUGGCCCUGUCGGCCUUCCCCCUGGUGUGCCUCUGCUACCAGGCGCGCGUGAGCCAACAGCGCAGCCGUGGGCUGUCGCAGCCACGGGUCAUGCUACACGAUCUGGCCGAUGAGGUGCUCUGGCUGCGAGAGCUGGUGCAGCGUUUAGGCGCCCUCGUGCACCUCAAAGGAGGAAACAGCAACCAGACGAACCCAGUGAGCUGGCUCCGUCGCGAAGUCCGCCUGCACUCCAACGUGUUCCGGUUCACGCCAGAGGGCACCAUCGAACUGGCACCGGCCGACACGAGCGCGGUGCUUCCGGUGGUAGCCGAAGCCGGUGCCAAGCCGGUCAGUGCCCUGCUACGGAUAGAGGCCGACACGGUGAAGACGGCCGUGCCCGAGAUGAUGCUGUAUCACUACGGCAACCAGGCUCUCCAAGUGGUGGCGCCGGUGUGCAUGGCAUCGCUCGCGCUUCUGGUCACGCCCCUUCCACGGUCUCAAGGUUCAGUGUACGAGAACUUCAAGAAGCUACAGAGCCUACUCCAACGAGAGUUUGUUUUCGAAGUGGACAAACUGGAAGAGAGUUUCCUGGAGGCAACGUAUGCGCUGCAGAGUCUCAACGUGCUCGCCGUCCUCAGGCUGGAGCCGGCUUCUCCGGAGAGCACAGACAGCUUGCAUUUCCUCGCUAGUCACAUGACACCCUUCCUCGAGGGACUUCAGACGGUGUGCGUCUUCCUGCGCGAUCAGCCCAGCGACGUGGUGGAGGUGCCCUUACCCGAGCUAGUGCGGAAGUGCCAGUGUGCCGCGGAGAAGCGCCUGCGCCAGGGCCAGCUUGCGGACUACCGGGUGCUGUCCCUCGACAUGCUCAACAACUGCCUCAUCUGCCUCUGCAACCUGGGCGCAGCACACAAGGAGAAGCGGGACGGUGCUGCCAUCUUGGUCCCGAAUGGCGACGUCAUUUCCAAGGUUCUGGAGAGCAUCGAUGUUUUCCUUUCCGUGGCUGCGAGGCCCUCGUCGAGAAACGCCGAGUCCUGCCAGGCCAAGCUGUAGACGGGCAGAUGCCGCAGUUUAUUUAUUUCCUUUCCAUAGAAACAAGUGGCAUUGUUGUGAUAUAUACCCACCUGCAGUCAGUUUUGUAUAGCCCAAUACACGUAAUCUCUACGAGUCACAGGAUCUAAUCUCGCACUUCUUUAUUUUUCCCGCCUCUUCCAGUGCUUCUUUUUGCACUCGCACUGUUAGUUUCAACUGCACUUAUACAUUUUAUUUUCAUGUUCUUUCUUUGUUUAUAUACAUCGAGUUUGAUAGACCUGAGGCUUUUGCUUCAAUGUUGUGUUUUAAUGGCAUUUAAUAGUAAUUAUAUGAAACAGCGUACAGAAGGGCAUGGCUCAUGUUUCAGCACAGCGGAAGAAUUUCCCAGUAUUCCUGAACGAACAACGUCUUCAUGUUCGGCACAUGUUAAUGGCUUGAAAUCAGUAUGUCUACAUAUUGAGCACCACUGUGGAAUUACUAUAUUGUGUUCAUUGAAUGGGAUAUGAAUCUUCUAACUUGAUGUGUUAGGUUAAUGACUAAAGCUGACUUGAAGAACUGCUUUGCAUGUAAUUAUGUACAGUCAUUUGUACACUUUGAUGAUACUGACUGAACCUUAAAACUGCUGAAGGCACUAAAAAGUAUUAGGGAGCAAAAAUGCUUUUCUGGAAUGUUUUAUGGGUGAGUCUGCUCGCUCCCUUUGGAUGUGGUGCCGAUCGUAAAUAUAACGACACAAUGAAAAUGUGCAUUUUAACUCUACAAAUGUUGCCUCAUAGUGUACAGACAGUGCUCAUUAUAUAGGUGCACGUGCUGUGUUGGUGCAACUGGAAAAGAUGGUCAUUUGCACAAUACAUAUACGAAUACAUGCAAAUUUUUGCAUGAGUUGUGAUGAUUUCUUUUUGGCUCCAAAAUGGAACCUUUAUUGUUUUUAUUGUAAGCCUUCGUUUUUACAAUGACUUGUGAGGCUAGUAAUUUAGCCAUAUGACAAAAUUGGUUCAUUGCACUGCGUGCCAAAAUGCAGCUCGCUCAGAUAAUUCAUGCUUAGAUAAUUUAAAGAUGUGGUAAAUCACAAAAUAAAAAUUUUGGUUCACCUGCGAUGUUUUUAUGUCACAUCACCACGUCAUUUAAUUGAGGCUUGAUAAGUUUGAACUUUCUGUGCUUUGUUAGCACAGACCAAAAAUAGCUAAUACAAUGGCGUUAGUAAUUGGAAUGUGUCCCCAUCUGACGAUCGCUUAGGUGUGUUAAUUAUUUUACAUGAGAUCAUCUAGCAUAGGUCACGUGCCUACUCCUUUGUACACAAAAGAAAGUUCGUGUGCAUAGCUCUUCAUUCCAGUACCCAUAACUACUCCUAAUUCUGCCUGGGCCGUGCCCUGUUUAGCUGAAGUCCUCAUAUUUCAGGUGAUAAGUUGUGGUGCCUGUGUGAUUGAAUUGCGUAGACCAGAAUGCAAGCUUCUAUUACACACCCAAGUUGGCCUUUGCUAGGAAUGUCACAAGUUUGCUGUUGUGGUGUGCUUAUUUAUGCCAUUAGGUCUUUGCAGUUGGAUGCUUCUUGUAAUGAAAUUUUGACGCUUUCGUAUUUGCACUGAAAGCACCUUCAUUAACAACAGUCUUUGUUGGCCUGUGCAGUGGGUUGUCUUCCUUGUGAAUGCUUGUGAAUGUGCAAAGAUUAAAUAGGUCCCUGUGGCCUUUGUUGUUUCGUUUUUCA